CGGUGGUGGAGAGGAUGCUGUGUAACUGGAUGUCCAUCUGUCUGUAUCAGUUCCUCAGGGACUCUGCGGGCGAACCCCUAUACAAGUUGUUCAAGGCCAUCAAGCACCAGGUAGAGAAGGGCCCAGUGGACGCUAAGAUGAAGAAGGCCAAGUACACUCUGAACGACACGGGGCUCCUAGGGGACGACGUGGAGUACUGCGUCCUGACCCUGCAGGUGCUGGUGCACGGCGAGGGACCAGACGUGACGCCGGUGAAGGUGCUAAACUGUGACACCAUCUCUCAGGUGAAGGAGAAGAUCAUUGAACAGGUGUACCGCAACCUGCCCUACUCACAGAGACCCAAGGUGGACAGUGUUGCUCUUGAGUGGCGGCCUGGUUCUACAGGGCAGAUCCUGUCUGACAUGGACCUGACAUCACAGAAGGAGGGCAGGUGGAAGAGACUCAACACCCUGGCACAUUACAACGUGAGAGACAAUGCCACGCUGGUGCUGUCCAGAGUGCUUCACACCCAUCGCCAGUUCCACCAGAACCAGGAUAGCCAUGAAGAAAAAAACGCCCUGUUGGAAGAUGACAAGGUGUUCCACCUGGUGCGGCCAGCAGACGAGCUGGAUGAGGUCAAAUCUAAGAGAGGAAGUUUGAAGGCCAAGGCCACGACUAAAGCCAUCGCUGAGAUCUACCUGACACGACUGCUCUCUGUCAAGGGUACUCUGCAGCAGUUUGUGGAUGAUUUCUUCCGCAGUGUGUUGUGUUCUGGAGCGGUGGUUCCUCCUGCUGUUAAAUACUUCUUUGACUUCCUGGAUGAGCAGGCUCUGAAACACGACAACGUUGAGGAGGAGACCGUCCAUAUCUGGAAGACCAACAGCCUGCCCAUGCGUUUCUGGGUGAACAUCCUGAAGAACCCUCACUUCAUCUUUGACGUGCACGUGACUGAGGUGGUGGACGCCUCGCUGUCCGUCAUCGCUCAGACCUUCAUGGACGCCUGCACCAAGACGGAACACAAACUGAGCCGGGAAUCUCCCAGCAACAAGCUGCUCUAUGCAAAGGAGAUCUCCACCUAUAAGAAGAUGGUGGACGAUUACUACAAGGGAAUCAAGCAGAUGGUCCCAGUCAGUGACCAGGACAUGAACACACACCUGGCUGAGGUUUCCAGGGAACACACAGACACGCUGAAUACCCAGGCAGCCUUGCACCAGCUCUACCAGUAUGCCAGCAAAUACUAUGACGGGAUCAUCCAGUCUUUAGAUGAGGACCCAGCCGCCCAGAGUAAACAGCUGACCCUGCGGCUGCAGCAGAUAGCCGCCGCCCUCGAGAACAAAGUCACCGACCUUUAACCUCUGACCCCUAGAGAAAGGGGACCAAAAUGAGGGGGACCGGAGACUGAGACAGACUUCAGACUAUUACAGUAUCAACCAUGAAGAGCUACACAUAUCUCUUCCCCCUAGAGACAUGAGAAGUUGUGGGAAACUAUUGCGUUUUGGCCAAAAUACUUGUAAAGGAGCAGAGCUACUGGGCCAAAGUUGGACAGGGUGAUCCCUAAUCAUCAGUCUCCCUCUCUCUCUCUCUCUCUGACUCUAUGGAUCCUAUAGACUGAAAGAGCAAGGGCCUUCAGUAUAGUCCCUGAGUGAGCUAGCAGACUGUAAACCCAGCCUACAGAGGAUAUACGGUACACCACCACUGACCAACCAUAGCAACUAUACCCGUCAGUCCCAUGAUAUACAACCUGGUGUUGAUGACUAACAGCUUGCACAGAGAAUCAGAUGUUUAAUGUGCUCCAGAGUAGACCCGAGUUAGGAGAGUGGUGUUGUAUGUAAAUAUAUUUUUAUGGCACAGGCUUUAUGCAAAAGACGCUUUACAUACCAAGAUGAAAUUAUUUUUUAAAAGGAUGGAUGGGCACAACUAAGUUUGUUAAUUUGUGUUUUUAAAAAGUUUAUAGAAGCGAAGAAGCAGGGUGUUCCAUGAUGUCAUAUCCUGUGUUUAAUCGAUUGUUUGCUUACUGUGUAAUCUGCAUUGCCAUUGGCUAGUUAUGACUGGUUAAUCACUUUGUUUUUGUCAUGAUUUGUAUUUGUCGCUGAUAUAUUUUUAAUGUGGGUUCUCAGUGUAGUGCAUUAUGCAGGGGAUUAGGGUGCAGCCUUGAACCACUUCACCUGAUGACUGUGUCCCUAUUCAGGGUCAGCUCUCCCCUAUACGGUAGUAAAACAAGCGGACUAAAAGAUGAAGCACAUUCAUACUGUACCAUUGAUAUCAACGUCUCACUGAAACUAACUGGUGGACAUAGUUAGAGCUCUCACACACGUUAGGUUUUGGCUUCACUAAGUGCCAAUACACAGUAGAGCUGAAGUUGAACAUCUUUUCAUUUUUAUACAAUAAAUAAAUAAUUUGUCUUCAUUUUUCCAUCUUGGGUCCAGAUGUGGAAAGUAUGUGGGUACGUAUGUGGAAAGAUGAAUCAGGGCUCUGUUUAUCUGAAAUAGUACUAUGUGGAUAGAUGAAUCAGGGCUCUGUUUAUCUGAAAUAGUACUAUGUGGAUAGAUGAAUCAGGGCUCUGUUUAUCUGAAAUAGUACUAUGUGGAUAGAUGAAUCAGGGCUCUGUUUAUCUGAAAUAGUACUAUGUGGAUAGAUGAAUCAGGGCUCUGUUUAUCUGAAAUAGUACUAUGUGGAUAGAUGAAUCAGGGCUCUGUUUAUCUGAAAUAGUACUAUGUGGAUAGAUGAAUCAGGGCUCUGUUUAUCUGAAAUAGUACUAUGUGGAUAGAUGAAUCAGGGCUCUGUUUAUCUGAAAUAGUACUAUGUGGAUAGAUGAAUCAGGGCUCUGUUUAUCUGAAAUAGUACUAUGUGGAUAGAUGAAUCAGGGCUCUGUUUAUCUGAAAUAGUACUAUGUGGAUAGAUGAAUCAGGGCUCUGUUUAUCUGAAAUAGUACUAUGUGGAUAGAUGAAUCAGGGCUCUGUUUAUCUGAAAUAGUACUAUGUGGAUAGAUGAAUCAGGGCUCUGUUUAUCUGAAAUAGUACUAUGUGGAUAGAUGAAUCAGGGCUCUGUUUAUCUGAAAUAGUACUAUGUGGAUAGAUGAAUCAGGGCUCUGUUUAUCUGAAAUAGUACUAUGUGGAUAGAUGAAUCAGGGCUCUGUUUAUCUGAAAUAGUACUAUGUGGAUAGAUGAAUCAGGGCUCUGUUUAUCUGAAAUAGUACUAUGUGGAUAGAUGAAUCAGGGCUCUGUUUAUCUGAAAUAGUACUAUGUGGAUAGAUGAAUCAGGGCUCUGUUUAUCUGAAAUAGUACUAUGUGGAUAGAUGAAUCAGGGCUCUGUUUAUCUGAAAUAGUACUAUGUGGAUAGAUGAAUCAGGGCUCUGUUUAUCUGAAAUAGUAAUAUGUGGAUAGAUGAAUCAGGGCUCUGUUUAUCUGAAAUAGUACUAUGUGGAUAGAUGAAUCAGGGCUCUGUUUAUCUGAAAUAGUAACCACUUUAGCUCAAUGCUGAUAGUAUAGAAUGUUUGCUGGUAUGUUCUAUGCCAUAAUUGUUUUUCUGUAUCAUUUUUUUAAACCGUUUAUUUCAAAAUGGCUGUUAUUGUCGUUGUAGACCAUUGCCUGUGUGUGAAACAUGAGACUAGAUAUGGAAAAGAGAAAUGCUAAAAUGAUCAUUACUUCUGUAUAUAAUUGAAUGGUACUUGUGUAAAUCAUUGAGCUGUGAACCACCAUGACUUGUGGAGGUUGUCUACAGCACACAGGUACUGCCUUUCUCUAGUGAUCCCUGUCACAACUGUCAAUUCUUCUGAAACCAUGACGAUGGAUUUCCAACAUCAUCCUUAAAUCAUUUUGCCAAAUAGUUUUCACGUCGUCAUCAGCUCGUUUGUUUCUUCUGCUAUGCAACUGUUUCAUUUUGAAUCACUCCUCAAAUAUAUUUUAAUACUAAACCAA